AGUUCCAAACAGCAGAUCGCAUCCCAUCUUCAGUCAGGACACUAAGAACAUGAAUGCUGCUGCCCUACCUGCACAGUGCCUGAUCCACCCACGGGACAGUGACACCCACAAUGAUCAGGCCUUCCUACCUCAGAGAGGCAAUCAAGAUAUUACCCAGAGGCCUGGUUCCCAGAGGUUAAAGAUUAAAUUUCAAAAGUCUCACAUGGAAAAGGGUCUCGAGCCGACGCGCAGCCUUGCACACCUCCGGCAUGAAGCAGCUUCACCUUCUGUUGCUUCUGUGCCUCCACUUGGGUUUUCACAAGCAGACUUCAGCAGCAGCCCCACCUCCAGAAGACCUGGUGGAGAAGAAGUGCUUACUGCAAAAAUAUACACAUCGCUCCUGCAACAAAGUCUUCUGCCAGCCAUGGCAGAAAUGUGUCGAUGGAACCUGUGUUUGUAAACUCCCUUACCAAUGCCCAAGGAAUGGCACCUCAGUGUGUGCAACGAAUGGAAAGAGAUACCCGACAUACUGUCAUCAGAAGAGUUUUGAAUGUCUUCAUCCAGGGACAAAGUUCCUAAAUAAUGGCACAUGCACAGCAGAAGGAAAAUUUAUUGUUUCCUUACGUUAUGGAGAUAGAGAUUCAGAGGGAAUUGUUCAAGUAAAACUUGUGGACCAUGAUGAAAAAAUGUUCAUAUGUAAAAAUGACUGGAGCCUGACAGAAGCCAAUGUGGCCUGCUUUGAACUUGGAUUUCAGGAGGGUGCUCUGGAUACAAAAAAAACUUUUCAUUUGCCUGGAAACAUCCAUGUAAGCCAUACCGAGUGUCUUCAAGUACGUUGCCGGGGAAUAGAGACCAGUCUGGCCGAGUGUACUUUCUCCAAGAGAACAGCGGCUUACCAGGCUUUUGCAGGUGUGGUGUGCUACACCCAAGAUGCAGAUUCUCCAACAAACCAGUCCUUCCAGUGUGUGAAUGGGAAGCACAUUCCUCAGGAGCGAGCAUGUGAUGGCAUAAAUGACUGUGGAGAUCAAAGUGAUGAGCUAUGCUGUACAGGUUGCAGAGGUAAUAGUUUCUUCUGCAAGUCUGGUGUUUGCAUCCCGAGCCACUAUAAGUGCAACGGUGAAGUGGACUGCAUCACAGGGGAAGACGAAACUGGUUGUAAAGGAGACAGACAUCCUGCAAUUCAUCAAGGAGAAACAGAAGCUACAGAAAAUUUGACUCCUAAUAUGGACCUAGAGAGAAGACGGAUAAAGUCCUUUUUACCUAAAAUAUCCUGUGGAGUGAAAAAAAACAUGCAGACUCGAAGGAAACGAGUGGUUGGAGGAAAGGCAGCACACAUGGGAGACUUCCCAUGGCAGGUGGCAAUUAAGGAUGGCGAGAGAAUCACCUGUGGGGGGAUUUAUAUUGGUGGCUGUUGGAUUCUGACUGCUGCACAUUGUGUCAGACCCAGUAAAGUUCGCAAUUACCAAGUGUGGACCGCAUUAUUAAACUGGUUACAACCUAAUGCUGAGAUACAGGUUGCAAAAGUGAAUACAGUUAUUGUUCAUGAACACUACAAUGGAACCACCUACCAAAAUGACAUAGCUUUGAUUGAAGUGAAAAAACAUGUGACCAAAAAAGAAUGCAUACUCUCUAAUUCUGCCCCUGCCUGCGUGCCCUGGUCUCCGUAUCUAUUCCAACCGAAUGAUAAAUGCAUCAUUUCUGGAUGGGGUCGAGACAAAGAUAACUCUAAAGUCCAUUCACUUAAGUGGGGUGAAGUUAACCUAAUAGGCAACUGCUCUAAUUUCUACCAAAAUCGCUACUAUGAAAAAGAAAUGCUAUGUGCAGGUACAAAAGAUGGCUCCAUCGAUGCCUGCAAAGGUGACUCUGGAGGCCCCUUGGUCUGCACAGAUGUCAACAACGUGUCUUAUGUUUGGGGUAUUGUAAGCUGGGGUGAGAACUGUGGGAAACCAGAGUUCCCAGGUGUUUACACCAAAGUGGUCAAUUAUUUUGACUGGAUUAGCUAUCAUGUGGGAAGGUCUCUGAUUUCUCAACAUAAUAUCUGAAGCUGUGAUCCCUACCUUCUGUACUUAUCCUUUUCAGGAGUUCUAGUGGGACUUCUCAAAAUGAAGCAAGUCUUAUUGGAUAAUUUUAAAGUUCUCUUCAAAGUUUAUCCUAUUUUAGAAUUUUGCUGUAUAAUUACCAAAUAAAUAUUCUGGUUAAGCAUACAA